AUGCCGAUUCCAUCUCAAGCGGCUUGGGUGGUGAAGAAAAUAUUGGGAGCCAGAGACUAUAUGGCUACACUUCCUGACGGUGACACUCUGAUGGAGCAAGACAACUUUUCCAUCAAAAAGCUCUAUAUAGCAUUGAGAGGCACUCCGGAGAAAAGGAACUGGCAUCAUAUGAUCAGUAAAAGCAUAGCUGCGCCAAAGUGUCUCUUCAUCUUAUGGUUAGCUAUUAUGAAGAGGAUGACAACAUGUGAUAGACUGCAGAAAUUUGGUAUUCAAUGUGACCAAGCUUGUUGUUUGUGUUCACAAGGGAAUGAAUCUCUUAAUCACUUGUUCUUCUUGUGUCCCUAUUCUGCCAAAGUGUGGGAUAAGUUUGCUAUGUGGUGUGGUGUUCAAAGGAAAGCUGGAGCUUGGGAUGAUGAAGUGGAGUAUUUAGAAAGACAAGGAGCUUCGAAGACGGGGAAGCAGCUUAUGUAUAGACUGUUGGUGGCUACAAUUGUCUAUCACAUAUGGAGAGAAAGGAAUGAACGAAGAUUUAACAGCAAGGCUUCCCAUGAAGAGAGUGUAGUUAGACAAUGUCAAUUGAUGAUGGUGGUAAGAGGAGAGUUGAACCCUAAAGUUCACAAAAUGUUUGUGAACUAA